CAAACCCCACCGUCAAAUAAUUCGACAAAGAUUACAAUAUUUCCAAUUUGAUAACAUUAAACAUUUACGUACACUUUUAACUUUCGUAAUCAUAAUUGUUAUCAUAAUAGAAACGAAUAAUUAGACGAAGAAUGUGCGCCCGUCCGGAUUGAUGUGUGAAACGCCAUUUUGAAAAAUCCAAACCGAAAGAUUUCAAUUACUACAUAGGUACACGAAGAAGAUUCAUUUGAAAUUGUACAAAAAUAAUGACGUGUUAAAGUCAUAGGGAUAUUUAAUCGGAAAACAAUGGAUUUCUCAAACUCGAUAACUCCUCAACUGCCGAUGGCCAUAAAACAAGAGAUCAUUCCACCGGACCCGCACCAGCACCCAAGCCAACCACCUUCCAUUUCCGAGUCGACUCUGCCACAACCGCACGCCCUGAAGAAACCCAAAGACGAGGUGGUUAAAUUUAUAAGCGUAAACAGCGACGCGCUGACCGAGGAGCAGCGCGCCAUGUACCAGUCGGUGCUGUCGACGUGGAAGCCAAUAAUGUUUCCGAAAAGCGAAAAGCGAUAUAUCUGUCAUAAAUGCAAUAAAGAAUUCAAGAAUUACCAGAACCUGUACCUGCACACGACGAGAGUGCACUCGACCGAGGAGGCGGCGGUGCUGUGCGACAUAUGCGACAAGACGUUCAAGAAUAAACACUAUUUGUACAUGCACAAAAUUAAUAAGCAUUACUCCGAAAUUGAGAAAUGCUACUGUCAGUUCUGCUUGCACGAGUUCAAGACGAGGAAGGCCCUCCAAAUGCACGUCAAGAAAAUCCAUCCGAACACGUUACCGGAGCUGAAGUGCGUGGAGUGCGGCAAGGAAUUCCAGGUGCCCUACAAGCUGCGGUAUCACAUGGAGUCUUGCAUCACAUCGAACAGGGAGAAGUUCAUAUGUCAAUUGUGUCAGAAGCCCUUUAAAAAUCAUUUGAAUUUGAAACGCCACAUGCAGACCCAGCACACGCCAGUCGAGAGACACCCCUGCGUGUUUUGUCCGAUGACCUUCAAAUCGCGGCAUCAUAUGAAGAGGCACGUCCUAAACAUCCAUCCGCCUUUAGAGUCGAAAGUUAACUGUCCGGAAUGUCAAAAGGAAUUCAAGAACGACCAGUACCUCCGUGAGCACAUGCAAGUGCAUUCAUCGGCCGAUUCUAAAGUUAAAUGCGAGCUGUGCGAUAAAUACUUUCAUUCAGCGAUACGCUUGAAGAAGCACAAGAAGAUCGUGCAUCCGACCAAACCGAAACUGCGCUGCGAAAAGUGCGACAAGGAAUUCGCGCAUCCCCAUUACUUGACGCGCCACAAGAACGCGGUGCACAUGGAGAUCGACGAGAGCAACUACGAGCACGAGUGCGAGAAGUGCGGGAAGAAGUUCAAAUUAAAGAAAUACUUGAGCAACCACCUUCAGAGGCACGAGCAGCAACAGAUGAAGAGGAUCUCGAGAAUGGUCAAAACCGUCAUAGGUGAAGGCGGUGAACCGAAUGUCGUCAAGAAACGGGGACGCCCGAGGAAGCAACGGGUCGAGAUCGAGUUCAUAAAGUGCGAGCCGGUCUCCAGCAGUGACUCCGACGAGACGGACUCCGAGUCGGAGUGAGAAACUAAACUUAAAGUGAUAAACUGGUUUUUAACUGAUAACAUUUGAGUUAGUGAAAUUUAUUGGAAUUUGGUGGAAGGCGUCGCUUGUGUCUAAGAUUAGAGAUUUUAUAACAAUAUGGAUGGUGGUGUUUUAACAUGGUUUGUUUUGUUACGUGUAAAUAAUAAAAUGUGACCUAAUCGGGAGCAAUCUACAGAGUGGAUUGCAAGUUCAAUCUUGAAUUGAAAAGGUAUAAUCCGACCGUAAUUUUGUUUUUUAAAUCGACUCCGGGAUCGGUGAUCGGCAUUGAAGCUGUCACGUGCGGUAAGUCGAAGAGCGUGCUUCUGUUUCGAAUCGCAUUGAAGACUAACAUUAAAUCGGUUUAGUUGCGUGUCUAAUGUUUGUUGUCUCGUCCACUCGCGCCAAGUCAUAAAGCUGUUGGUUAGUUAUUAUUGUUGAUAUUUAAAAUGCAUAAUAGAGCAGGUCGUAUAACUUGAUCUCUUGCGGGAUAACUUUCAGUAAGUCGCGGAAAUGAUUCUUUUUCAGUAUUUUUCGUUGCACUAAAAGCGGCAUGGGAUGCGUCCCGGCACUUGACUUUUGAGAUUUGCUGCGUGAGCUUCCAAGUUUGCUAAAGAUGGGUCUCUCGUAGCCCGGGGCCUAUUUAGGCUACAUCUUUAGAGUCUUACGGAAGGGUGCACGUGAAAAAAAGCGUGGAUACCGUUGUUUUGUCAAUUUGCAACACCAUAAUGAUCUCAUCGUGCUCCGGCUUGAAUAGCAUACUUUUGCACUAGGAGCUGUCUUUGCGAAUGUCCAUAGGCUGUAUUUGCGAAUAAAGAGGCAAUUGUGUUUUUUUUUUCGUUUUUACUGAAAUAUAUUGUUACUAUUAUUGGCGUGCGUAAGAAGAUUUACUUUGGUGUUAGGCCUUGUUUUAAAUGGACACUUGUUAGUAUUGCUGCACCUUGAUAACAAAUCUAGCGGGAAUCUGUAUGGACUGAUGCUUUGUCAGUUCAGAAGGAGGAUUCGGUGGUACGUGAACUCGCGUAGAAGAAGAAAGAGACGCGCGGAGGUAACAUUGACUGCAGGAACGGACAGUGCUUAUCUACCAGUCGUUUGAUUUCAAUGAAUUAUGAUUAUUGAUGUCAGAAAUGCCCUAAAGUAAGAUGGCCUUGCUUCGUCCGUCAUUAAUAAUACUAUUGAGUGGGUUUUUGUUCACAAUUUCAUUGAAAUUUCUUGCGCGGAACUCCUAAAACUCACGGGAAUGGGAAAGAAUGCGUUUCGCUCAGUAAACUAUCAAUGUUUUUCGUUUUAGACUUUUAGCUAUUCGCCCCUAUGAUGUCUGACGAUGGUCUUAAUAAAGCGGUCUCCCCGACACAUAUAUAAUGCAGUUAAAUGUAGUCAAAUUACUUCUAUAGUAAUCCCCCAUAUAACACGGUACUCUUAUAUAACGCAUUUUCAUAUUACGCGAUUUCAGUCUCUCGUGUAACACGGGUAUUCGCCCAUUCGCCAUAACGCGGGGAUAUCACACGUUAUAUUUCUGUAUGUGCUGUCAAAUUUAUAAUGAUUUGUACAGUAGAUAAUUAAUUUCGCGUAUCUCCGCGUGCCAAUUGUGUCGUUAUAAAAUUUAAUUAAUUUAUUAAAUUUGUGUUCCUAGUUGAUUUGUGCAUUGAUUAUAUUAUAUUUGUAUAUAACGCGUUAUAUGGGAUCAUACAAGCGCGUUAUGUGAGAAUAUUCCUAUAACGCGAGUGAUACCUACGUCUUAUAGGAGAGAUUACUGUAUUUAACUGUCAGGAAGAUGUUCCACUAACCCGACACUAGACUGGAUGAGACAAUUGGCGGAAAUACACUAUUGAUGUUUAAAUUUUACGGGACAGACUCUAUUUAUUUGAAUGAGAAACGUAAUGUGUUUUUGUUAACGUUAUGGAGGGUAGAAAUUAGUUUUUUUUCCCUACCUAUGCUGAUAGCCUUGAGAGGCUAUUUCAGCUUCACCCUAACAUGUGGGUGAGCUCACGGGGCUCAAAUCGGAAGUGUUGCUAGCAAGAAUCUACCGCCGGAUCGGAAACGCGACCCACUGAGCAGAUCCAGCGAGAAGCUCAGAGGACUGUCUCUGUGGGUUAGUUCACUCGUCGAGCCCUUCAUCGCAAGCGACGGGUUCGACGAGGGCGGUGACCGGGAAAUUAGUAACACCGUCUCAGUGUCUUAAAAAAGGUCCGUUGAAAGGAAGUUAGCUAAGAUGGCGCCACCGUAGCAAGUGGAAGGAUAUUACAAACAGCGCCAUAAACUAUUGGAGUAGGAUAUUAAAUUAAGAACGAAAGAAACACUUCCUACGUCAAUAGUAAUAAAAUAAACAGUUGAGAUUUUAAAUACUGUUUAUAUUUUAAGUACAGAAGGCUCGAAAAACAUUAAAUUGUUCACUCCGGUACAUUUCGCUCUGUUUAAAACUGCUAUAUUCAUACCAUUUCCACUUCCUCCACUAGCGCUAUGUCGGUGAGUCUUCCAAAAACAACUCCCAGUUUACAGGCGGACACUUCUUCAACUUUCUCCUCUAUACAAUUUUUUUUAAGGGAUUUUAUGACCUGGUAACUGCGACCUUUAAGUCAUGUCUUAUUUUAAUUUAUAUUCAUAUUUUUAUGAAACAUG